CCUCUCGCGAGACUUCGGCGGCGCUGCUCACGUGUGCCGGGAGGGGGCGGCCGCGGGGGGAUUUUCGAGUCCCGAGGGAGUUUGGCGCGAUUGGAGGAGGGACGGACACCCCGUGAGCGCCCGAUUGGGCGGGAAGAAGUGAAAGAGGGAAAAGAGAACCCUGCUGGCAACGGGAGAGGGAGAGCGGCGGGCGGCGCGCGCGGCCCUGGGAUCACGCUGCCGUGCGAGGCGAGGCGGGAAGGCCAGGGUCAUUUCUCUGCAGAGGAGGCUUUGAGUACUGUACUGACCAUCCAGCUUGAAAUCCUUCACUAGAUCACAGGCUGGCCUGCUAAGUGGUAGAUGUGGAUGCUCUUACUUAAAAGAAAUGAGUGUAGCUAGUGCUGUAUUAAGAGUUGAAACCUGGCUUUUGGCAACAUGGCAUGUUAAGGUGCCUCCAAUGUGGCUGGAAGCUUGUGUUAACUGGAUCCAAGAAGAAAAUAAUAAUGCUACUUUGAGUCAGGCACAAAUAAAUAAGCAAGUGUUGGAGCAAUGGCUUCUUACUGACCUGAGAGACUUGGAACAUCCUCUCUUACCUGAUGACAUUUUAGAAAUGCCAAAGGGAGAACUGAAUGGGUUUUAUGCUCUACAGAUCAAUUCUUUGGUUGAUGUGAGUCAGCCUGCGUAUUCACAGAUACAGAAGCUGAGAGGAAAGAAUACAACCAAUGAUCUCGUCUCAGCUGAAACGCAGAGUGCUCCCACACCAUGGGAAGUGAGGCCUUCGCGGAUGCUGAUGCUACAGCUCACUGAUGGUGUCACACACAUCCAGGGAAUGGAGUAUCAGUCUAUCCCAGCUCUCCAUAGUGGUCUUCCUCCAGGUACAAAAAUUUUAGUUCAUGGAUGCAUUUUGUUCCGUCUUGGUGUUCUCUUACUGAAACCAGAAAAUGUGAAGGUGCUAGGGGGUGAGGUAGAUGGUCUUUCAGAAGAAAAUGCCCAAGAGAAAGUGCUUGCAAGAUUAAUUGGGGAACUUGAUCCUACAGUUCCAGUCCUUCCAAAUAAUUCCAGUCACAACGUGCCCAAAGUUUCCGGGGGUUUAGAUGCUGUUUUGGGGCCCUCAGAUGAGGAACUCUUGGCAAGUCUUGAUGAAAGUGAAGAGUCUGCAGCAAAUAAUGAGGUGGCUGUGGGAAGAAGCUGUUUCAGCCCAGGCACCUCCUCAGAUACUGCUCCCACAACUCCGGCUGGUUUUGAGCCAGGACGUAACAUGCCUUCAAGGCCAAAGGAGAAACCACCAAACCAGCCCACGCAUUUCACUGAUGGAGAAUUUGAUGACUUUUCACUGGAAGAGGCCUUGCUUUUGGAAGAGACUGUCCAGAAAGAACAGAUGGAAACAAAAGCAUCGCAGCCACUAACUUUGAAGGGAAACACGGGUAAAUGUAUGGAGGUCUUUUCACAUAAACCUAGUAGUCUGAACCACACAGCUUUGUUUCAUAAACAAGGAAACAGCAAUUUUGAUGAAAAAACAUCUGAACAAAUGAUUCAUGAAGACAAAUUUUUUGAUUGUGCAUCUACUAGAAAGCAUCAUAAGAGAUUCUCAGCUCAUGAUUUUACAAAUGACAGUAAGAUUUCAGAAGUAGAUGAUACAGCACAACAGACUCUCAGCAGUUCAGAUGUACAUUGCUUAAGUAAUAAAAUAUUAAACAGAAAGCUGGACCUAUCAGAAAAGAGUUCACAAAUUUCUAAAGAAAAUGGCCACCCUUUCCAGGCUUGUUCUUCAAGAUCAUUUGAGAAUAAUACUUAUCUAUGUAUUGGCAUGGACUUACAUUCUCCACCCUUUAUCUAUUUGUCUGUUCUAAUAGCCAGAAAGCUAAAGGAAGUUACUACUGUGACAGUCAAAGCGUUUAUUGUCACUUUAACUGGAAAUCUCUCAAGUUCUGGUGGCUUUUGGGGUGUAACUGCAAAAGUUUCUGAUGGUACUGCAUAUCUAGAUGUAGAUUUUAUAGAUGAAAUACUUACCAGUAUGAUAGGGUAUUCAGUACCAGAAAUGAAACAAUUAAGAAAGGACCCUCUUAAAUAUAAAACAUUCCUAGAAGGGUUACAGAAAUGUCAGCGAGAUCUGAUCGAUUUGUGUUGCCUGAUGACUAUUUCAUACGAUCCUUCUUCAUGUAAAGGGGUGGUACUGGAAUUGCAAGAUGUUGGUAUGGAACACGUGGAGAACCUAAAGAAACGGUUGAAUAAAUAAUUUGCCAGAAUGCUUUUGGAGCACACUUUAAAACAGGUAAAUAUUUGGAAUCUAAUUUGUGUAUUCUCAGUUUUGGAAUUCUGUAAGAAAAAGCUUCAGAGUUUAAAGCUGGGGCAGCUCCGCGGUUGACAGACACACUGUCUGCCAAGUGUGGUGACCGGAGUUUGGCCAUCUGGUCUCUUGAGGCAAAAAGCGAGACCCUGCUUCCAGAAUCUGUUGGUAGUCCUCUACGCAGGUGGCAGGGGACAGACGCGCACACGUACUAAAUAAAUGACAUUUAAAAAUAAAGAUAUUUAAUCAAAAUAUGUGAAAGAAUGUCUUUAUUUUGGUGAUACUGGCCCAGAGUCUUGUAAUGCUAGCAAGUUUCUACCAUAGUUACAUCUCUAGAUCCUUGGGAUGUUUGUUUGUCUUGUUUAUUUUUUUGUUUUCCCUCCCUGGAAACUGGAUCUCAUACGCAGGCUGUCCUCAAACUCUUGUAUAGCUGAGAGUGACCUUGAGUUUCUGGUCUCUUGCCUUCACCUCCCAACUGCUAGAUUUAGGGUUGUACGUUUUCACCUGUGCAUGCUAGGCAAAUGCUCUACCAGCUGAGCGAUAUCCCCAGUCCUUGUUGAAGGAUUUUGCUGACCCACUCUGGCUGAGAAACUUGUUUUCCACUUGUCAUUGGAUAAACCUAUAAUUGAUAAAGAAUAGUGAUGGACUGACAGCAGUUUGUUGGGUAAAGGUGCUUGCUGCUGAGCCUGACAACCUGAUGCUAUUCCUGGUACCACAUGCUGGAAAGCGAAAACUCCCACAAGAUGGCCUCUGAUUUCCACCUGCAUGCCAAAACGUGUGUGCUCCCUCCCAUACAUAAAGGUACACACAAUGAAAUAAAAUUUAAUAAAGAGUUGAUGUUCCCCAGUGAGAUAUUACUGAAAGUUAGAAAUUGAAAAUUGGUAAUUUUACCUCUAAUAAGUUGAAUAUUUAAAAAAAAUUGUACUGUGAUUUAGAUAACUUCCAUUUACUGUGUAUAUAGGUCAGAGGGCAGCCUGUGACACUUGGCUUUCUCCUGCUGUGUGGAUUCAUGGGGUAAAAUCCUCAGGCUUUGCUGCACCCUUUACCUGCUGAGCUGUGGGAAUGGCUCUGGCUUUUGAGAUAGUAUCUUGAUACAUUUCCAGGAUCCUUUGAAUUGGCUUUGCAUAUGAGUUAUUUGUGUUAUUGUUUUAAAGAGACUACACUAGUUCCUUUUGCUGUACUAGAUUAUGUUUGGGAGAUGUACUUUUAAGAUUGUAAAAGUGAGUGUGUGUGUGUGUGUGUGUGUGUGUGUGUGUGUAGAGAUUGAUGAAUGGAAUGAACCUCUGAACCUAUAAGCCAUCCCCAAUUAAAUGUCCUUAGAAGAG